UGUGAAUAUAUGUACUAUGUACGUGUGUUAAGUAAAAAUUUGUAAAUCUAAUCCAAAUUUAAAUUACUUUUUAUUAUUAAAACAAACAGACAUUGCUAAAUUGAAAAUAUAUUAAAACAAUGUCAGGUUCAAAUGUUUCUGUAAUUAACGAACUUCUGGAAAAUACACGAUUUAAAGGAUCGAAUUCAGAAACUCGGAAAUACCCCUUUGAAUACAUGGAAAUUGCGGACAAUACUUUUUUAAAUCAACUUAAUGGUAGAAAUCCUUGUAUAAAAUGUGGAAAGUCUAGAAAAUUUUAUUGUUACAGCUGUUAUAUUCCUCUGAAUAAUAUUAGUGAAAAACUACCAAACGUUAAACUUCCAAUUAAAAUUGAUAUAAUUAAGCAUAAACAUGAAAUCGAUGGAAAAAGCACUUCGGCCCAUGCACCAAUUAUUGCCCCUGAAGAUGUGAAAGUUUACACAUAUCCGAAUAUACCGGAUUAUUCAAAAGAGGAUGGUGUUGUGUUAAUCUUUCCUGGCUUGACAAGUUCAACUGUAGCUCAACUUUUUGAUGAAAGUAUUGAAUUAGAAGUAAAAGAAAACUUUGGUAUGCCAAAAGGUUUUAACAUGGGAACUCUAUUAAGAACACGAGUUAAUGAAUUAUCUAAUUAUUCUCAUGAUAAUGUAACAAAAAUACUGAAUAGGAAAAAAUACACAAAGAAUAAUCUACCCAUUAAAAAGGCAGUUUUCAUCGAUAGUACUUGGAAUCAAAGUAGGGGAAUUUUCAAAGAUCCAAAUAUUUCAUCCAUGAAAACAGUUGUUUUACAGAAUCGAAUUUCACAGUUUUGGAGACAUCAGAGAGGUAGCCCACGAUGGUUUUUGUCCACAGUAGAGGCUAUACACCAAUUUCUCUUGGAAGUGCAUUGUAUUGCGUGGGGAUUAAAUAGUCAAUAUAAAGGACUUAAUAAUCUUGAAAUAUGUGAUAAUUUUUUCAAAAAUGUAGAAUUAAUACAAAAUGUUGAAACUGAUGAUAGAAGUGAAUACGCUCCGUACAACGGCCAAUAUGAUAAUUUACUAUUCUUUUUUGCAUACAUGUAUGAUUUGAUUCAUAUUUAUUAUGACCACAACAAAUUGUUAUCGUAUAAACGACCUAUUUGAUGAAAUAUAAAUAAUUACACAUAUAAUUACGAGACUGUUCAAAAAUUUAUUUUAAAUCUAUAUCUCAUUGGAGAGCUUGGCGAAUAACCUACUAGUGAAUGAGAUUAGCAUUCAACCAUUAAUUAUUUUUUAAUAAUGUUCAUCAUUUAAUCGUGUACCAACGCAAUUUUACACAUAAAGAUUUAGAAUGUGCCUGCACUAUGCCAAUUUAUUUGCCAUAGGCGCUAUAUUUCUUUGAAUUUAUAUAAGGGU